AUGGGCCUGGAGGAUCUCAGCGUAUCGGGCGCGAACUCGGCGGCCGAGCGCGUCGUGGACGACAAGACCGUCGCGCCCGCCGCCUCCGCGUCCGCCGCGGCGCCUAUCGAGUCCGAGGCCGCCGCACUGCGUCGCCGCACAUCAAUCCCCAGUACAUUCUCGUUCGGCGGCGUGGAUCAUGCCAUUCCGACCGCUGACGUGACCCAGCGCCGCUGGCGCAGCUUCGACGCCGCCGUAUCCGACGACUCGACUACGUCGUCGGCGCUUGACCAGCUCACGCGCCGCAUCCAGCAGGAAUCCCAACACGUGCUCAAGCGCAAGGCCCGCCUGUCCAAGCGACGCGAGCUCCUGCGCAGCGUAAAAUGUUUGCUCAGUUCCAGUCGCCGCGACCAGGUAGCGCUGCUUCAGAUGCAGCUCGUGGCCGAGGUAGCCACGGGCAACCGCUCGCUGGCCGUACUCAGCGACAUGCGCACGCUGCUCGCAUUAGACGAGGCCGACGAGCUGGCCACGGGGUCACAGCGCCACCGCGGCAGCUUCGCCGCUAGCCAGACGCUGCUGGAUGGCAUCGAACAGUCGGACCGCGCGCUAGCCGAAGAUUGGCUUCGACAGGUGCUACAGCUACAGGCCAGUUAUUUGGGCAAGCUCAUGGAGCUGCACCGCCAGAAGAGCCUGCAGCCCAAUGGUCUGACGCUCCAGCAAUUGCUGGAACAGGUGAACAGUGUCACUUCCGCCAAGGACGAGCCCACACUCGCUCUCGUGCGCUUCGAGAAGCUAUUGAGUCGCCAGAAACUGCUCAAGCCCGAGCUUAAGAAGGCGCUGGACAAGCUCUGCUUGGAUACCAUGCGCUCCUUCACGCGCGCGAGCAGCCAGCCCGGACCCAAGACGGUUUUCGACGACAGAGAGCCGCGCGACGUUAUGCAGUCGCUGGUGCAGGAGAUUGUGAGUGCCGUGGCCGCUGAAGCCAAGCUGGACAAGGCGCAGCUCCCUGCUCUGCGCGUGUUCGUGGAGCACAUGGUGUUCAGCCGUCUCGCCUGCGCGUGCUACCGUGGCACCGCGGCCGACCUGGAUGAGCUCAAUGCUUCGUGGCGUGAACACGCGGCCAAGAUGCGCGAGCUGAGCCUCGAAGAAGUCGGAGUGCCGGUGCAAAUCCCCCAGGAGGCCAAGCAGCAGGAGAUCUUCACCGAGUCCAUCGCUGCGUUUAACCAGCUCCCGCACCUGGUGCCCUCCAGUGUGCUGUCGUCCUUUAUGCGUGCUGUGUGCACGCUGUACCGGGAGGCCAAGGACGGACUUGGUCUAGAUAGCAGUUGCAUCUCGGCCGACGUGCUGCUGCCUCUGCUCGUGUACGUGCUGAGUCGCUGCGAACUCCCGCACCUGCACUCGCAGGUGUAUCUGAUGGAGCAGUACGCCAUCGAUGAGUCCCAGGACGGGUCCGAGGCCGCCUAUUAUUUGGCGUGUCUGCAGGCUGCUAUGGGCUACAUCAUGGGCAACUGCACGGCCGACGAGGCCGAAAACCAGUGA